AUGGAAGGCGGAAACCACAAAUGUAUCAAGACGGCCCAGCAGCAGCGGAGCCUCGCCGAGGAGACGGCCAUCCGGCGCAGGGAGAUGGAGGAAGAAAUCCAGAUCCAACGCACCGCGCGCGAACGAGCAUCGACAGCUUCACGUCUUCAACAGAAGAUCGGAUCGAGGGUGGAAGGGUUGCAGAAGGAGUGGGAGGGGAAGGUGGAGGAGAACUUCGACUGGAUUUUGAAGGAG